CUCGAUCCCUAACCCUACACAGCGGCCGCGCGAGGCUGGAGGAGCGGAUGGAGGAGGGCGUGGCCGACGCUGCUCCGGGUGAAGGGAUGGACGGCGCUGUGGAGGAAGGCCACGGCGCUGCACCGGCCUCAUCCUCGGGCGACCAUGGCGGGCAGGAGAAGGGCGGCCAUGGCGGGAUGAAGGAGGACGGCCCAGGCGCGGCGCCAGAGGGCGGCCAUGGAGGGGAGGUGGAGGGCGGGCAAGGUGCUGCGCCGGAGGGCGGUCAAGGUGCGGCGCCGAAGCAGGGCAACGAUGAUGGUGCGACGGCCACAGAUGCAAGUACUCCGGCAUGGCUUGAAGGGAUGGAUCCAGACUCAACUUAUUUACUGAAAAUCAACUUGCUUGGCAACCCCAAAAAAGCUAGGAAGGACAUCAGAUGUCAAAAAGCUAGGAAGGAUAUCAAAUUGAAGAAGUGAUUUGAAUUAAUAAUCGUUAUGCAGACAAGCUAAAUAGCAUAUUCUGUUUCAUUCGGCACUA